AUGUCAGGGCAGGAAUUUUAGGGAGAGGACACUCGGCAUGGGACAGACACAGUGCUGUUCCUCCAAGUGAGAUGUCUGGCAGGGUAAUGCAGUAACACCUGUUCCUACUCUGGUGUCCCUUGCCUGGAUCCUAGCAGCACAGAGUGAAUUUUAGAGAGAUUAUUUGCUUUUCCACCCUCUUAGAUGCAUACCUAGAUAGAUGCAUAGAUGCUACAUUACUGGGAAGUAGCUAAUUACCUUUCUUUGACAGUGGCAGGGGGGUAGUUUCACAGGGUGAAUCAGCAGGAAAAGAAUUCCAGAGUCCUUCCACUGUGUUUCAGAGCUUUAGGACAUGAUCCUCAGGCAGUCAUGAUUAAUUUAAAUUUGUGAUUGAUGUUUAUUUGUCUUCCUAAUCAGGCCUGAAUGAGGUCUACAACACUUUGAUGUCAUUCUACAUUUUUCACAUCAGCACAGGCAGCAGUAGUAUCUGUAUAAAUAUCUUAGACAUGUACAGGAAAGCCUUUCAUUGUUAAAUAUGUAACAUUUAAGCAGAAAUCCAGAUACAGCCCUCAUGUAACAGUCAUACUAUUAACUGACUGAAUUGUUGGGAUGUACCUAUCCUGUACAUAAUUGUAGGAUUGUCAGGAAGUAAAACUUCAAAGAGAGUGGGGUUUGACAGUGUUGGGUGCUUUGGUACAAGCCUUGCAAGAGCCAUAAGCUUUGUUGUCUAACAGCUGGUGGGCCUGACAGGCAAGUUUCCCCAGAAUUGACUCAGAAGUGAUUCAGAGGUUAAAUGUAACACACUUGUUUAUAGUGUAUAAUAAUGGUCAUAGACUGAACUGAUUAAUGACCUAUCCUAAUCUAAUCUUUCUCCUUGGAAUUAAAAGUAAAUAUGUGGACAUUUAACUAUUUUAAAAUUGCUUUUAUCAUGUGUUUUGUUCUUACACUUGUAGGGGAUUUUUGACAUCUGGUAAGACUAUAAAGCCUGCACUCACUGAGGGAUAAAACACACUCCCCUCAGGUACUGAGCUGUGUUAGGCUGUGCAGAAGCUUUGGUCAGCACUGUGGAAUUCCUGGUAUGAGGAGGCAGAGAGUCAGGGUAGAGAGAAGAUCCUUGCUGAGCUGCUGUAACCAUGAAGACAGUGAUUUUAAUCGUCCUAAUCAUCUUCUCUUCGCUCUCUUCAGGGAAGAAAUUCCGCUGGUGCACCCUGUCUGACCUGGAGCAGAGGAAGUGUGCCGAGCUGGCCAAGGCGCUCACGGCCGUGCUGCCCCUCGCCACUGCCACUUCCUUUGCCAGGAUUUCUUGCAUCAGAGCCCACAAUACCUAUGACUGCAUUGAUAAAAUCAGGGCAAAUAAAGCAGAUGCUGCUUCCUUGGAUGCUGGAGAUGUUUACUCUGCUGUAAAACUUUAUGGUUUGGCAGUGGUGGCAAAGGAGAUCUAUGAUCAAGGAAAUUGUGUGUUUGCUGUGGCCGUUGCCAGACGAGGAACUCUGGAUAUCCAGAGGCUGCGAGGUGUGCGCAGCUGCCACAAUGGAGCCAGGUGGACAUCGGGCUGGAAUGUUCCAUUUGGCUUCCUCCUUGCAAGAAAUGACCUUUCCUGGGAUGAGGCACAACCUCUGAGCCAAGCAAUCAGUGAGUAUUUCAAUGCAAGCUGCAUCCCUGGGGUUGGUGUUGCUGCUCCUCGACUGUGUGCUCUCUGCCAAGGACAAAAAUCCUAUGUCAGAGACAAGAACCACUUCUGUGAGACAAGCAGCAAUGAACCCUUCUAUGACUCUGAAGGAGCCUUCAGGUGCUUGAAGGAGGGAGUGGCAGAUGUUGCCUUUUUAGAUCAUCUAAGAAUUCUGAGUGCCACAGAGUCAGAAGAACAGGAAUAUGAACUCCUGUGUCCUGAUGGGAGCACAGCUGAGCUGAGCGAGUACAGCACCUGUAACCUGGGCAAGGGGCCUGGCCGGGGCAUCGUCACCCGCAACAACUUCCACAAGAUCACCAACAAAUUCCUCAGCAUGAUCCAACGCCUCUUUGGGCAAAAAGGGAAGGAAAGAGCCAGAUUUGAACUCUUCACUUCAGCUCCCUUUGGAGGAAAGAACCUGCUGUUCCGAGAUGCCACUCAGCACCUGCAGCUUCUCGAGGAGCAGCUGGAGAUUGCCUAUGUCCUUGGUCUGGAUUAUGUAGCUCUCCUUAAGGGACUGGGCCACGAAGGGAGCUCUUUGGAGAACAGUGUCGUGCGCUGGUGCUGCAUCAGCGAUGCUGAGCUUCACAAAUGUGAGGAGUGGGCACUGAGCAUCAAAUCCGACCCCUUAGUCUGUGUCCAAGCAACUUCCAUGACCAAAUGCAUUGAAAUGAUCAAGAGCAGUGAGGCGGACGCGGUGACCCUGGACGCCACACACGUCUACAUUGCAGGGAGGUGUGGGCUGGUGCCUGUAGCUGCAGAGUGUUAUGGGGGAGAUUGUGCCCAAGCUGCUGAGAUCAUGGAGAAAACAGGAAAACUAAUUCAUGUUAAGCACAAAGCACUGCCACCUGUUUAUGCUGUUGCCUUAGCUAAGAAAAGUGCCAAACAGAUUAACAUCCAUAACCUCAAAGGAAGGAGGUCCUGCCACAGUCACCUGUACAGUCCUGCAGGAUGGUUACUGCUGUCCAGACACACAGUGGGAGCUCUGGGGAAUGAUACCCAGAACUGUGACAUUGGCUCUGCUUAUCAGAAUUACUUCUGGAAGGGCUGCAUGCCGGGAGCAGAUGGCAACAUGUGCAAGGUGUGCAUUGGGGACAGUGAGGUGGAAGGGGCCCGAGUCUCCAGCAGAUGUGCUGCAGGUCACAAUGAACAUUACUAUGGCAACAUGGGAGCACUCAGGUGCCUAGUUGGCAAUCCCAGUGGAAGAAGCUUUGGAGAUGUAGCUUUCCUGGAACACUCUAACCUGCUCCAGAACAUAGAAGAUCUGGACAGCUCUGGUUGGGUAAAAGGUUACACCGCCCUUGACUUUGAGCUGCUGUGCCCGGACGGGACCCGCGCCGCAGUCACGGAGUGGCCAGGGUGUCACCUGGGCCCCAUCCCCCCCAGCACUGUCAUGACUCGCCCAGUCACUGUCACUAAGAUCUAUGACUUCCUGAUGCAAUCCCAGGAAUCUCUGGGAAGCAAAUUGGAUUCUGAAUUCCAGCUCUUUCAGUCGUGGAAGUUCGGUGGAAGUGAUCUGCUUUUCAAAGAUGCUACUCAGUACCUUGUUCCUGCAAGUCACCUGAGCUAUCAGGAAAUCCUUGGAGAUUCUUUCAUCCAGCUGGCAGAAUCGGUGUUUAAUUGCACACCUGCAGGCAUCCUGGACUUCUGCAAACAGGAUAUCUGUGCAUCCUCAUCCAACUGACAGUGAUACAGAGGCUGUUCAAGGCACAUCACCACAUCACCAUCAUUAUUGAAAACCAGGAAAUGUGCAAGUCCAACCCAUCCAAAGCGAUCAGCAAGGAAACAGGCAUCUCUAGAAAUGUAUGCUGAAUACCUUCUUGUCUUUUUUUUUAAAGCAGGUUUGAAGUUUAUGAUAAUGUAAAACUCCCCCUUUCCUGUUUGGGAACAGCACAGCCAGAGCACAGAAGUAGGAUCAGCAAUUUUCUACAACUACUCUGGAGAAAUCAGCAUUUUUGUGGAAAUAGCAGGGCCAAUACCAUGGACUAAAAUACAGCCUGGCAUCAGUAGCACAGGUUAGUUGGUAGCAGUUUGCCUUGCUUGUCUUAUAAGGAGUUUCCAUGCAAACCCCACCCCCAGUCAACUGAUAUUUUGGUAACUGCAGCAUUGUCCUCCUGUAUCUGUGAUUUUGGUUGCAGCCAGAUAGUCCUUGCAGAAUGCACACAUAUAUGCCAUAGGCUGUAUAUGUAGUUACUAUCAGAGCAGUGGUCUUUUCUGCUUUUAACUGGGAAAAUGUAUUUGCUUUUUUAACCAAGGAUUUUUACUACUAAAUGAAACCAAUUUUUUUCUCACAAAUAAAUGUAUUAAGGCAUUUAAGAGCCAGCAGAACUGGAUGUUUGCAGCCCUAAGGUGAAAAAAAAAAAGCAGUGGAUAUUCAUUCUUCUCAAAACCUCCAACCAUUAUUUUUUAGUACUUUGACACUUUGAAUAUAAGAUUCUAUGAAUGGUCAAAAUAUUACUUAUCAAUGAAACAGCAUGGGUUUUACAAACAGAAAGUGGCUGUUAGUGGAUGAAGAUUGAGAGUGGAUGGCUCUUCAUGGGCAGGCUCAUUUCAGUUUGUAAGUGUUACCACCCUCUGCUCUCAGACAAGGUUAAGUUUUUAAUUAACAAAAUAAUUUAAAAUCCUUCACUCAAAACUUUCCAGACCUUGCUACGUAUGUUGCAGUUGUAUAAACCUCAGCUAUUA